AUGGCGGACGCGGCGGAGUGCGGCGUUAAAGUCAUGUGCCGGUUCAGGCCGCUGAACGAGGCGGAAAUAACCAGAGGGGACAAAUACAUCCCCAAAUUCAAAGAGGACGACACGGUGGUCAUCACGGGCAAGCCGUACGUCUUCGACCGCGUGUUGCCACCCAACACGUCGCAGGAGCACGUCUACGAGGCCUGCGCCAAGCAGAUAGUUAAAGAUGUGUUGGGAGGUUAUAAUGGAACCAUAUUCGCCUAUGGACAGACCUCCUCUGGGAAGACACACACCAUGGAGGGAAAGCUACACGACCCGCAGCUGAUGGGGAUAAUCCCUCGCAUCGCCCAGGACAUCUUCGAUCACAUUUACUCCAUGGACGAGAACCUCGAAUUUCACAUUAAGGUGUCAUAUUUUGAAAUCUACCUGGACAAGAUCCGAGACCUGCUGGAUGUGUCAAAGACCAACCUUGCUGUCCACGAGGACAAAAACAGAGUUCCCUAUGUCAAGGGAUGUACUGAGCGCUUCGUGUCCAGUCCGGAGGAAGUGAUGGACGUCAUCGACGAGGGGAAGGCCAACCGGCAUGUAGCAGUGACCAACAUGAACGAACACAGCUCCCGCAGUCACAGCAUCUUCCUGAUCAACAUCAAACAGGAGAACAUGGAGACGGAGAAGAAGCUGUCGGGGAAGUUGUACCUGGUGGACCUUGCCGGGAGUGAGAAGGUCAGUAAAACUGGUGCAGAGGGGGCAGUCCUGGAUGAGGCCAAGAACAUCAACAAAUCUCUCUCUGCGCUGGGAAACGUCAUCUCAGCUCUGGCCGAGGGAACUAAAACCCACGUGCCGUACCGGGACAGCAAGAUGACACGGAUCCUGCAGGACUCCCUGGGCGGAAACUGCCGCACCACCAUCAUCAUCUGUUGCUCCCCAUCAGUCUACAACGAGGCCGAGACCAAAUCCACCCUCAUGUUUGGACAGAGAGCCAAGACCAUCAAGAACACGGUGUCGGUGAAUCUGGAACUGACGGCCGAGGAGUGGAAGAAGAAAUACGAGAAGGAGAAAGAGAAGAACAAGAAUCUGAAAAACGCCAUCCAGAGGCUAGAGGCAGAGCUAAACCGCUGGAGGAAUGGAGAAGCCGUGCCCGAGGAGGAACAGCUGAGCUCUAAGGAGCAGAGGAGCACAGAGCCAUGCGACAACACUCCCACCAUCGACAACGUGCUCCCAGCAGGAGGUGGCGGGGCUGUCUGCACCGAGGAGAGCAGCAAGUACGAGGAGAACAUCAGUAACCUCUACAAACAGCUGGACGACAAGGAUGAUGAGAUCAACCAACACAGUCAGCUGGCUGAGAAACUGAAGGAGCAGAUGAUGGAACAGGAGGAGCUGCUGGCAUCAACGCGGAGGGACUACGAGAAGAUCCAGGAGGAGCUGUGCCGCUUGCAGGCGGAGAACGAGCUGGCCAAGGAGGAGGUGAAGGAGGUGCUACAGGCUCUGGAGGAGCUGGCAGUCAACUAUGACCAGAAGAGUCAGGAAGUGGAGGAGCACGAGAGAGCCAAUCAGCAGCUAGCUGAGGAGCUGCAGGAGAAGACAGUGUUGCUGUGUUCUGUCCAGAGAGAACUCUGCCAGCUGCAGGAGUUCAGCGGGCUGCAGAGGAAGAGAGCAGCAGAGGUUCUGAACCUGCUGCUCAGAGACCUGAGUGACAUUGGCGCCAUCAUGGGCUCCAACGACAUGAAGACCACCACGGCGGUGGAAGGAAAGGGGAAUGGCGUGGGUGUGGAAGAGGAGUUUACUAUGGUUCGCCUUUACAUCAGCAAGAUGAAGUCAGAGGUCAAAUCACUGGUCAACCGCAGCAAACAGCUGGAGAGCACACAGGCCGACGCCCACCGCAAGAUCCAGGCCAAUGAGAAGGAGCUAGCAUCCUGUCAACUACUCAUCUCCCAGCACCAGGCCAAGAUCCGCUCUCUGACAGACUACAUGCAAAACAUGGAGCAGAGGAGGAGGAGGCAGCUGGAGGAGAACCUGGACAGCCUGAGUGCAGAGUUCCCGGUGGUUUCAACAGCAAAAAUCCCGGGGGAGGAGAAGGAGAAGGAGGACAGCAGCUGGAUGGAUGGAGAGAAGGAGAGAGAUGAGCCGGAGAAGCAGAAAGAGGUGUGUCAGAGGCAGCUGUGUCGUCUUAAAGAGGAGAUCCAGGCCAAGCAGAGGAUGCUGGAUGAGCUGACAGAUCUUAACCAGGGUCUCUUAGUGGAACAGGAGAGGCUGAUGUCAGACUAUGACAAGCUGAAGGCCGAGGAACAACUGAAGGACGCCAAGCUUCAGAAACUAAUACUCCUGGAUGAGCAGAGAGAGCAGGCCAGGGAGGAACUGAAGGGUCUGGAGGAAACUGUGGCCAAGGAACUCCAAACACUACACAACCUCCGGAAACUGUUCGUUCAGGAUCUCACCACGCGGGUUAAGAAGAGUGCAGAGAUGGACUGUGAGGAGGGGAUUAGUGGUGUUGCCCAGAAACAAAAGAUUUCCUUCCUGGAGAACAACUUGGAGCAGCUCACCAAGGUCCAUAAACAGCUGGUGCGCGACAAUGCCGACCUGCGCUGUGAGCUUCCUAAGCUGGAGAAACGGCUGCGUGCCACGGCGGAGCGAGUCAAAGCUCUGGAGAACGCCCUGAAGGAGGCCAAGGAGAAUGCCAUGAGGGACCGCAAGCGCUACCAGCAGGAGGUGGACCGCAUCAAGGAGGCCGUCAGGGCCAAGAACAUGGCCAGGAGGGGUCACUCCGCGCAGAUCGCAAAGCCGAUCCGGCCAGGCCAUCACCCGUUGUUUUCCCCAACAGCAAACGCCAUCAGAGUCGGAGGGCUCUACACCCACACCUUUAACCAAUUUAACAAGUAAACCAAACCCCGCGAUGGCUCGUGACCCCUCUGAAACGCAUGCCCACUGCUCAUUUCCUGUGUGUGUUCCGGCCAGCCCCGCCCCUCCUCCUUAACCACCAAUAGGAGGCCACUUCCACACACCGUCACAUCUCAGAGAGCCCGCCCACCCUUCGUCAUAUCCUGCCCGUUGUGUAUAUAUGUUGAUACGGAAAUGUGGCGCAGCUUAUUUUCAUUGGCUGGAUGUAGACGUCAGGGGUCUCGUUUAUGAAAGGCUCCCAAACACGAACUUUGUGAGUAAAAGCCAAAUGACUGCAGUUUAUGAAGAAAAAAUAAUUUACCAGUGGGUUACCAUGAUGCUCUUGCAUUUUCUUUUUCUGUGAUCGAUCACACUUCAAAACGUAUGUAUAUAUCGAUCCAAGAGAUGAAUGUCGCAUUUUUUUUACCAAUCGAAGGAAUUCGGUGGAAAUAUCAAACAUACAAAACUCAGCCAGCUCUAAGAGGGGAAGCUGAGAGUAGGCACAAGUAUAUUCGUCCUCGUUGCAGAUGUUCGAAUUCUCUAAGUUGCUCAUUUGAGUGAUGUUAAGGAUAGAGUUUAUGAACGAUGCUCCAGAGUUUGACAGGAGGGUUUCAUAAAGAACCACGCCUUCGUUCAAGGUCAUACCAAAAAAGUGAAUUUCUCACUUAAGAAUAUCAACAAGCACUACUGUUUUAUCUUGGCGAAUGAAGAGAUACUUCCAAAUUGUGCUGAACUAUUCAGUCAUCACAUUUUUUUAAAAAUCAACUCAUCCCCAGUAUAAAAGCCCAUUCUUCUAUUUCUUAUCUGGUGACAUAAAGCCAAACAGUAAACACAUUUCACAAAUAAAUACACUCGAUCUCAGCUAAGGCAAGAGGCAAGUGCAUGUUUUUACCGUUAGAGGGUGCUGUUGUGACGCUGAAUUGAAAGGCCAUCGAAAGUGUUGCACGGUCAUUGAAUGGACUGGAUUCUUGCUCUGGAUAUCUGUUGGGACGCUGACCAGCCAGUCAGAUGCAUCCUAGACAGAGUAACAUGCUGUGCUGUCACAUCGGUGUUACUUCAAUAUUAUGUUUGUGUUGCAUGAACGGGACAUCUUAAAUCGUGUUGCUGGAGCACAGUCAAGCAUUAUUGACCGAGGAUCCAGAGAGUGGGGCUCAGAACAAAAAUGUAAAACAAGGCUUUUUUUUCAGCGCAGCCAAAACUCAAAAAUCCUGAAUUUAAAAAAGUAAAAUUAGGAACACUUUUUUUUAAAGAACAACUUGGAUUAAAUGCAAAUCCCUGACCCGUGAGUGACCUUCUGGGGAACUCAUUUGUAUGAUCUCACUGUAAAUCUACACAAUCCAAAAGUUUUCUUAACCUCCGACCGUCUACAUCCAUUUAAAGUAAGUGAUACGUUGACGUCACUGCAGUGGAUUUACCAAAUCACAAACCUGUCUGUUCAACGCACGAGGAGCAGCAGGCUUGUCUUCCUUGUACGUUUUGCUGUCAUGGUUUAGUGAAUUGAGUCAGGUAUGCACUGAACCGAGUCCUACCUGUCGAGCCUCUGAUCAGCCAGUCAGAAACUUGUGGACUUGCAGUAUCUUGCAUCCGUCUCAAACCAAAGCAAAACCAAACAGCCUGCACCAGGGAGCCCCAACAGUUUGACUUCUCAUAUUAGACCAGUUUUUUUUUUCUUUUUAAUUGGAAAUACGUUGUAUUUUUCCUCUGGCAAGAAUGUGUGCCUUGAGAAUCCCUUCGCCUCCAUUUACAAUUGACAUAAAAAGUUUUCUGCAUCCACACAGGAGGAGACUAUGUGAUCUGGAACUCUUUCAGACAGACUUCCAUAGAGCACGUAGAUAUGACAAACAUGUCCCCAGUUCCAAGCCCGGUUAUUAUCUGCCCAUCUUUUCAGCGUUUGUUUUGUAAAACAGAUUAUGAGUUGUUGGUCUGAUUGUGGCAGAUUCAGCUAAACUAGACAACCAUAGUCAGAUCAAUGAACAGCCCGCAGUAAAUGACUGAUGAAAAUGCAUGGAGCAUAAGUCAUUUUAGUGGGAAUAUUUUGCCAAAACUAUAACUGAGGACAAAUGGAGAAGCAGUCCAUGGAUGAGUGCUUUGUAAAUGAAUGCAAGUACGCGCAAUCACAGUCAAUUUAUCCUGACAUGAUGUAAAUUAUGAGAUUGUAACUUUUUCAAGUUAAUUUACCCUGUUAUCAUGUACCCUUGCUACUUUUCAUUGUGACAUCGUUAACGUCUGUCUAUAUAUUUAAUGCAAAACUAAAGCUAAU